ACUACAGCGAAGUGUGCACUAACUGAGCAGUUCUUGUCCACUGCAGCGGAACUGACUCGUUCAAGACUCGCAUUUAUUGUUGCUGUUUGCAAAUGAGGCCGCGUGCGCGCGCGUGCGUUUCCGACUGUUUGUAGUCUGUCAAAUGUCGUGACGUCACGUCUGGAGUCGCGCACUGUAAAAUGUAACUUUACUAUUUCCAUCCAGGCGCGCGAGAGACUUCAGACCAACGCCGAACUCAGCAUGGGAUUAUUAAACUCGGCGGGGCACCGACAAAGUCCGAGAAGAAACGACACCGACGACUCCGCGAUCUAGCGAACUUCUGAGGGGGAUAAAGGACAUUUUGGAGCGCGGGUUCCGGGUUUUUCUGACAACCGUCGCUGUUUUGUCGCUUGAAGAAAGUUGCUCGGAGUCGCGUUCGCGCGCAUGGACUUGUUUGUGUGUGUCAUUUUACAACAGAUAGUAGAGCCGAGGACUCUAAUGAAAUGAGUAGCAACUACAGCGAGGAGCUGGACUUCAGGCUGAUUUUCGGGGAGAGCAGUUUCAGCCACACAGAAUCCAGAUCAGAUGAUGAUGCCAACUGCUACCCUCUCUAUCCUUCUGAACCCCAUUUUCCUACAGAACAGCUGGACAACUGUACAAACCAGCCAUAUGGCACCCCUAACCCUGGUUCUGUCCAACCUAUGGAGUCUCCCAGCAGGGUGUUUGACUGUCCUAGCAUCCAGAUCACCUCCAUCCCAGCCAAUUGCCUCCAAGACCCAGGAACCCAGCAGUUGGACCAGUCCACAGGUGCUUGUGCUGAAGUCGGUGCUGGAUCCCUAUCAAGGGACCAGCUCUUUCUACCAUUGGAUGCAUCCUACAGGGACACGUCCUCCCUGUGUCCUAGCCCCUGCAGUAGUUUGUCCUCCCGUAGCUGGUUGUCUGAUGCCUCGUCUUGCGAGUCUUUCUCACACAUAUAUGAUGAUGUGGAGGCAGAGCUGAAUGAGGCAGCCGCUCAAGUCCGUCUUGCAUCUCCUCUAGUGUCUCCAUUGCCGUCUCCUCUACCGUCCCCUCUUAACUCUCCCCAGGCAUCUCCGCAAGUCUCUCCACUUGUUUCACCCUUUGGUUCUCCCGGAUGUAUGGCUGCUUACGGAGAUGAUCCUUGGUACCGUUACCAACAGUAUCAUCAGCAAUCUCUGCAGUAUCCGUUUGCCCAGUCUCUAUCUCCGUAUCAAUCCCCCCGCACCAGCAUCACUGAGGAAACAUGGCUCAGUCCGCGUCCACACUCCUCCUCCUCGCGGCCCUCCUCUCGACCAACCUCGCCAUGUGGGAAAAGGCGACAUUCCAGUGCAGAGGUCAUUCCUGGUUUGGCGUCCCCUCACCUUUCCCCUAAUGCAACUCCAUCUCACUCUCCUCGCGGGAGUGUCACUGAGGAAUCCUGGAUGGGUGGAGCCACGUUUGCCCCAUACCACACCCUUCCAGUGGACGUGGAUGUCCCAUCCAAAACCAGAAGAACUUAUCAGGCAAACCACAACCAGGAUCAAGCAUCUUUGUUUUCUGGGCAAGAGGACUCGGGGCUUCAAGACCAAGGCCUUGCAAACUCAGGCAUAGCUGUAUCCCUGCCCAGCUUAAAGAAAGAGGAUAUAGUGGAACACUUCUUAGCCGUUCCAACACCCUUCUCCUGGGUCAAACCCAAGCAAGCCAGCACUUUAUACAGGUCAACUUCUUUACCUCCGCUGGAUUGUCCUCUGCCCAGCCAGUAUGGUCAGUGUGAGCUGAAGAUGGAAAUUCAACCUAGAGCUCACCACAGAGCACAUUAUGAGACGGAGGGCAGUCGAGGGGCCAUUAAAUCAGAGUGCGGAAGACACCCUGUUGUAAAGCUCAUCGGGUAUAAUGAGAAACCCGUCAGCCUGCAGAUGUUCAUCGGGUCGGCGGACGAGCGCUAUAUCCGGCCGCACCCCUUCUAUCAAGUGCACAGGAUUACUGGGAAAACGGUCGCAACGCCGAGUCAAGACACUGUAAUAUCCAACACCAAAGUUCUUGAAAUUCCUCUCCUGCCCGAGAACAACAUGUGCGCCAGCAUCGAUUGUGCCGGGAUCCUGAAGCUGCGAAACUCAGACAUCGAGCUGCGUAAAGGAGAGACCGAUAUCGGGCGUAAGAACACGCGUGUGCGAGCUGUUUUCCGUGUUAACAUCCCUCAACACAAUGGGAAAUUGCUGUCUCUGCAGGUGGCGUCCUCACCUAUAGAGUGCUCCCAGCGUUUGGCUCAGGAGCUUCCUCAAGUGGAGAGCUUCAGUCCUGCCUGUGGAUCAGCAUCUGGAGGAGAAGAGAUGCGAAUAACAGGACAAAACCUUAAUUCAGAGUCCACCGUCGUCUUCCUAGAAAAGGGCUCUGAUGGUAAAACACAAUGGGAGGUCAACGUGAGGCCUUUACCGGAGAAGAGUCAAAACACAAGCAUAGUGGUGAAGAUUCCUCCGUACUACAAGAAAACCACGGCUUCCUCCACGCAGGUGCAGUUUUAUGUCACCAAUGGCAAGAGGAAGAGAAGCGGCUCACAGUUCUUCACCUUUCUCUCAGCAGCGCAGGUCAAGCAGGAGUUUAGCACACAGCCUGCCGCUCCUUCAGGUCAGACUGAGCUUCUGGAGCAAUGGCUGCUUUCUGAAGAGACGCUCUGUGCUUCGACACAUCUCAGUUUCUCACCUCAGGAUGCUUCAUAUCUGAGCCGCUCUCAUCCAGCUGACAGGAGCUUUAAUUCCAGAACGGAUCUCCACUCCAUGUUUCCUUCUUCACUAAUUGAAUUCAACAGCUCUUUGUACCAAAAACCUCAUCAGGAUCCUUCCUACAAAGCACAACCCAGUCUUCCAGUGGCUUUUCCGGAGCAAACAGCGACUCAAUUGGACAAAGGAUACCAAUGCAUUCGCAGUCAGAAUCUGGACAAUCUUAUCUUGGAUGCUUCAGGUCUGCACACCAUGGCUGCGGUUUCAAUCCCACAGUCCUCCUCUUCCCAGGGGCUUCCUACAGUCUCCAAAGUGCCUUCUACAUCUCCGUCGACUAGCAAGAACGCUGAACCGGCCAGCGCAUCUCUUGUGGAGUCCAGCGAACAGUACUGUGUGUCUGAAAAUGGAGAUCGCCUUAACAUUAAAGAGGAACCGGAGGAAGAGAAAGAGCUGGAUUUCCAGUCUGUGGGCCUGCAGGAUAUCACUCUCGAUGACGUGAGUGAAAUCAUUGUAAGAGACUUAUUCGAUGCUCCAGAAUCAGGGAAUGGCAACAGCGUGCCGUAACAGAGACUCCUGAUCAGUGGAAACGGUGCAUGCUGCGCAGGACUUGAAGAUCCCACUGUAACUGUUUGAUUUGCUCUGCAUUCACUGCACAUUUAGCAAUACCGUGUAUAUAAACGCUUAACAUAGGAAGAUUGACAACGUUUAUUUUUUAAAAACCAGCAUAUCAAAUGUGAAUGUAAAAAUGACUUUGCAUAGUUUUUGAUUCAUCAUGUGCCUUAACUUGACGAGCCUUUUGUUGUAGCCUUUCUGAAAAGCUUCCAGAAUUGAUCGUGAAUGUGAAAUCUAUUGGCGGAGAUGAUGAUGAUCAUCAUAAAAAGAUCUGAAUAAACUAUAAAGGUAAAAUAUGCAGCAUAUGAUGCAGGCCCGUAGCCAGGGGGAGGGUUCGGGUGGUUCGAAAGACCCACCCCUCAAUGACAGAGGUGCAGAAUUUGUCCCAUACAUGAGCUCAUUUGUGCUAUUUUGACUGCCACACCAUCAUCAUUUGUGAAAAUAACCCAUUGAAAAAGGCUUUCAGACCAAGCCGAAUCCUCUGUUGACCGUGACAUCAAUGUGACCUCAACUAAUCUGUUUUGUCCAAUGCAAACUAUUAAUUUUUAAUUCAACAUCCAGCUGUGCAAGAAAAUAUACAAUCGGAUGUAAGUGAAGUCAUCUUCUUUCCGUCUUUCAGAUGAGACUUUAAACCGAGGUCCUGACUCUCUAUGGUCAUUAAAAAUCCCAUGGCACAUGGUAACCCCAGUGUCCCGGGUUAGGGUGUCUUCCCGAGCUCAGAGCCCUCUCCCACGACAGUAAGCCUAAUACGCAUAGUCUAUUGAGUGUGAACUCGUGAAGUGUGGUUAUGAUGACCAUCCGACAAGCCAAUGCAGCUAAAAACAGUGCAUUAUCAAAGAUAGUCACUGAAAUACAGUGUUUAAAUCUCGGAAUUAAAUAUAAAAUGAGGUGAAUAACUGCAAAAAGGUCCACAUUUUGAGAAAAAAGACCCACCCCUUUCACCAGGCUGGCUACAGGCCUGUGAUGCACAGUCCCGUGUUUUAACCUGCCGAGUGUUCAUUUUAAAACUGUUACCUGUUUGGCAUUUCAUGUAUCUUUAACUGUUGCUUGAUCUUCUUUGGAAAUGUCUUUGUAUUUAUGAAUUUUUACUGAACAUAAAAUAAGAUUUUGUGACAUGA